AUGGGCAAUGUAACGUCAAGUGUUGCUGCGAAAUUUGCUUUUUUCCCACCAGACCCACCAACAUAUGAUGUGUAUAGAGAUGAAGAAGAUGGGAGGAUCAUUUUCAGUGGCUUAACGGCUGAUAAAAACGUUGAUGUUCAUUUGUUAGAAACAAAGGGUGGUAACAAGAUUGUGGCCACGUUUUGGAGGCACCCUUUUGCAAGGUUUACGCUUUUGUACUCUCAUGGCAACGCUGCUGAUUUGGGUCAAAUGACGGAGCUCUUCAUUGAGCUCAGAGCUCACCUCCGUGUCAAUAUCAUGAGCUAUGAUUAUUCGGGAUAUGGAGCAUCCACUGGUAAGCCAUCUGAGUUCAACACAUAUUAUGACAUAGAAGCUGUCUACAAUUGUUUGAAGAGUGAAUAUGGAAUCAAGCAGGAGGAUGUGAUUUUGUAUGGCCAAUCGGUUGGAAGUGGACCCACGCUACACUUAGCUUCUCGUUUUCAGAGGUUAAGAGCUGUCGUUCUUCAUAGUGCUAUCCUUUCAGGAAUACGAGUCCUGUAUCCUGUCAAGGUGACACUCUGGUUUGACAUUUUCAAAAAUAUAGACAAAAUAAGGAACGUCAGCUGUCCCGUUCUGGUUAUCCAUGUAAGGAAUACCUCUUUUGUUCACUUCUUCAUUUCCAGAUACACUCCCUCUGCAUUCAUAUUUUUCCGACCAUGACUGCCAAUUUCAUAUUUUGAGGCAUGACUAUUGAUUAAUGUUCAAUUAGUUUAGUAUAUUAAUAAUAUCUGCAUCCCUGUUUUAUGUUUGAUAUAUGACGCGUGUGCUUUCCAAGAACUCAGGAAAGGAAUGAUGCCAUUAGAAUCUACCGUAAAUGCUACAUAUGAACAGUUUUAGCUGUCAAACCUUGUCUGGUCAAACAUAACACCAUUUUUUUUUUUUUUUUUU